AAGCUCCAUUAAGAAAAGCACCUCCUCCAUUUGAGAACCCUCCUUCCUCCUUUUUCCCCUGUUCUGUUCGCCUCUCACAUUUAUAAGAAUCUCCAAAUAUUCAUCCCAAUUCAUUGAGGGGGAGCCAGCCCAUCUAGGAAAAUUCCUCAUACAAUCACCCUCAACCUCCAGAAAUGAACAUUGUUUGAUCUGGAAUUCCACAGCACAGCGGAAAAAAGAGAAGAUUUUUCAAGAAUGGAAUCUAGCAUUGAAUGCGUGACAUCCACUGAUGGAUUGGAUGAAGAGGAGAUCUCUCGCUCAAAUCCCUUUUCUCAGUUUUCAUCUUCAAAGCCAUCUCACAACAAUAAUAUUAACAAUACUAAUCUCAAAGGCGUGCUCAUUAAUCCAGCCACAAGUGUUCACGAGCUUCUAGAAUGCCCUGUUUGUACCAAUUCUAUGUACCCUCCCAUCCACCAGUGCCACAAUGGUCAUACACUCUGUUCCACAUGUAAAGCAAGGGUUCACAACCGGUGUCCGACUUGUAGACAGGAGCUUGGUGAUAUAAGAUGCUUGGCGCUAGAAAAGGUGGCCGAAUCACUUGAACUUCCCUGCAAGUAUUGUUCACUUGGAUGCCCCGAGAUCUUCCCUUAUUAUAGUAAGUUGAAACAUGAGGCUGCUUGCAAUUUUAGGCCUUACAACUGCCCUUAUGCUGGAUCAGAGUGCUCUAUUGUUGGCGACAUCCCAUACCUAGUUGCUCACUUGAGAGAUGAUCACAAAGUCGACAUGCACUCUGGAUGCACAUUUAAUCAUCGCUAUGUUAAAUCAAAUCCUCGAGAUGUAGAGAAUGCCACGUGGAUGCUAACUGUUUUCCAUUGUUUCGGUCAGUACUUUUGCCUGCAUUUCGAAGCUUUCCAACUUGGCAUGGCUCCCGUUUAUAUGGCUUUUCUUCGUUUCAUGGGAGAUGAGAUGGAUGCUCGGAACUACAGCUACAGUUUGGAGGUUGGUGGAAACGGUCGAAAACUCAUAUGGGAGGGCACCCCUCGAAGCAUUAGAGACAGUCACAGAAAGGUCCGAGACAGCCAUGAUGGCCUCAUUAUACAGCGAAACAUGGCACUGUUUUUCUCUGGGGGAGACAGGAAAGAGCUGAAGCUUCGUGUAACGGGGAGAAUAUGGAAGGAACAACAGAACCAAGAGGGCGGAGCAUGCAUUCCCAAUUUCUGUAGCUAAAUGCUGCUCGGUUUAUUUUUGGGGCUUUUUAUCUUUUGAAGUGCUGUAACUCUUAUCCGAAUGUUAUGAGUAACAAUAUGUCGGUCAUUCUUCAAGUGUAAGUGUUUAGCUGCUGGGGCUUUCAGGCAAUUUAUAAGCUUCCCCUUUGUACCGCUCAACUUGUAAGAACAAUGCCACCAUAUGUAUCCCACAGAGCUGAUUAAUAAGUGUAAAGUUUUGUGCA